AUGAAGUCGCUAGCGCUUUGCUUGGUGGCGCUCGCGUCUGCCAGUAAGGCACUCGGUUCCAACUCUACGUACUCAUAUAAUGUAACGAGCUGCCCUGGAUACACUCUGCAGGAUCUCAAGCAAUCCGACACUGGACUCACCGCGCACCUCAACCUUGCCGGAGAAGCAUGCAAUGCCUUUGGGAAUGACAUUCAAAACCUGACCGUUGAGGUCACGUACGAGACCCAGCAGAGGUUGCAUGUCAAUAUCUUCGACAACGCACAGCAACAGUACACUAUCCCCUCUUCGGUUGUCCCCGUCCCUGAACCGCCCACGACGUCGUACGCAAACAGUUCUGACCUCGUGUUCAACUACGACGCGUCGUCAUUCGCGUUUUGGAUCACACGCCGCUCUGACCCAGCAGGCUCGAUGCCCCUUUUCGAUACACGCACAGCGUCGCUACCCAAGACGCCGAUUGCUCCUGUGAAUGCGACGGACAACUCGACUGCGCUGGACAGCUUUGAGCUUAUUUUUGAGGAUCAGUAUCUCCAGUUGGCAUCAGCUUUGCCUCAAAACACGAAUAUCUAUGGACUCGGCGAGGUUGUCGCGAGCAGCGGUUUCCGACGCGACGUCGGCGGAAAUGGUGGACCUGGCUCCAUCCAGACGCUGUGGACACGCGACUCCCCAACUCCAGAGGACCAGAACAUAUACGGUUCGCAUCCGAUCUACAUGGAGCACCGCUCGAACGGAGCCGAUAUUCUGCUGACCACUCCUCCCGAGUCUAAUGUUUCGCUGAUCGAGUACCGCCUCCUCGGCGGCACGCUCGACUCCUACUUCUUCUCCGGCCCAUCGCCCGUGUCGGUGAUUGAGCAGUAUGGCGAGAUGAUUGGGUACCCGGCGUGGGUGCCCGCAUGGGGCUUUGGGUACCAUCGACAUCACGCCAAUGGACAGCACUAUAUCCCAAUUGUGGACGUCGCGAUUGCGACACCACAGAACUCUACCGACCUCUACGCACCUUUCGUCGAUGGAUUCGAGAAGGACGUCUGGAUCAAGAACCCGAACGGCACUGUCUUCGUCGGCUCUUUGUGGCCCGGAUUCGUCGCUUGGCAGGAUUGGUUCGCGCCCAACACCCAAGAUUGGUGGACGCAGGCACUCAAGAACUGGAGCGAGUCGGGCAUCGAGUUCGACGGGAUCUGGCUGGACAUGAACGAGCCGAGCUCGCUGUGCGCCGGUUCGUGCGGCUCGGCUAACUUCUCCCAGUCUGGUUUCCCGGGUGCGAAGCGCGCGGUGGGGAAUGAGACGGGCUUGGAUGUGAUGAGUCCGCCGUAUGCGAUACAUAAUGGCCAUGGCCCGUCGGACAACCGCACGGUCUCGCCCGACGCGGUGCAUGCGGGCGGGUACAGCCAUUAUGACACCCACAACAUGUAUGGGCUGAUGGAGGAAAUCGCGACCCAUGGCGCGCUUCAGACGCUCCGAGCGGGAAAGCGCGCAUUCAUUAUCGCGCGGUCGACAUUCCUUUCGGCUGGAAAGUGGGCUGGCCACUGGCUUGGAGACAACUACAGCACGUUCCAGUCGAUGUCCCUCAGCAUCCAAGGCAUUUUACAGUUCCAGCUGUAUCAGAUUCCCAUGGUUGGCUCGGAUACAUGCGGUUUCAUCGGGAACACGACUGAAGAACUGUGCAACCGAUGGCACAUGCUUUCUGCGUUCGCGCCCUUCUACAGGAACCACAACGGCGGAUCUAACCCCCAGGAACCAUACCGCUGGCCUAGCGUUGCGAACGCAACUCGCAUUGCGAUUGCUGCGCGAUAUGCGCUGCUGCCGUACUGGGUUCCAAACCCUCUUCGCGAAUGCAUCGACUCAAGGCUCUCCCAUCGCGCGCUGUGGUACGAAUUUCCGAACGAGCCAGAGCUCUUCGGCGUCGAUGGUCAGUACCUCAUUGGAAGCGACAUUCUGGUCACGCCCGUGUUGGAAGAGAACGCCACGACAGUCGAUGGCAUCUUCCCCGGUCGCGGCAGCGUCACUUGGCGGGACUGGUGGACGCACGCCACCGUGAACGCGAGCACCUCGGGCGGGAACACGACGCUGCAGGCACCACCGAGCACCAUCAACGUGCAUAUCCGGGACGGCUCUGCGCUCCUCCUGCAUGCUAAGCCAGGGUACACGAUCAAUGAGACGCGUAGUGGACCAUACGAGCUGCUUGUCUCUCUCGAUAAGGGUGGGAACGCGUUCGGGACGGCGUAUGUCGACGACGGGGAGAGUUCUCCGCCAGGCGACAGUCGUACCUUGAGCUUCGUCGCUCAAGGUGGGGCGUUGACUAUCUCGAGCCAGGGAGGCUACGACAUCCAGCAAAAACUCGAGAGCGUGACGGUUUUAGUAGUGUGAGCGUCGGUGGGCAGGUGGUGGGCAAUUUCACGUAUUUGGAUGCGACGCAGGAGUUGGUGGUUGGGAAUGUGGCGGUGGAUUUGAACCAAGGAACGAAAGUGACCUGGUCGUAAUUCGUAAAGAUAGUGUACUUUAGUGAAAAUAUAUUGUCUUAUGUAGUUCUCGAUACUUAACGGGAAUGCACUCU